GUACAGGGAGUUGACCCGUUACCUGAAGGUGGUCCGUAGUGGGAACACAGAACUUGUCCAGGCGGUGCGGGAUCUGAUCCCUCUCUUCCUGAUGAAGGCGGGGGACUUCAGCUCCGCCCUCUCCUCCUUCUUCUCUCCGCCCCCUGGGAUCUGCUGCCCCGCCUGCCGCCUAACGCCACGCCUCUUCACCCUCUACCUACGCAUCAUCACCACGGCAACCGCGCCUAGCACCGCCGCUCUCAUUGCAACGAAGCCCCUCUCCCUCGAUACCCCCUGGGAGGAGGUCAAAGGUGCUGUGGUUCCACGGCAGGUCGAGGUGGUGAAGUUUGGCCUGAGGGUUCUGAAGAGCAACAUGACUGUCUACAAGGACUCUCAGAGUUGGGCGUUUUUCCUCCACGUCCUCAAUUCUCCUGCUGGUCCUCCUGACACUUCCUUUCUGACGGAGGCGAGAAACGUUACCAUGGAGAUCCUGCUGAACCAGGGAUCUCUGGGACACCUCAUCCAGAUCCCACGGACCUUCCUCAUGGUGUAUCCAGACCAGGCCCUGUUGCUGUUGGUAACUCAGGCUCUGGCGCUACGCAUCCUCCACGAACCUCUGACCCCCGCUCUACCCAUCCUCAACUCUUACAAGGGUAAUGUCUGGGCCUUGAGGUGGCUUGUUGAGUUUCUGUCUUCGUCUCCUGGAAUCCUGGAGUCCUUCCUCAGAGGGGUAGCAGUGGAGCUGCACAACACCGAUGGAUCCCAGCUGUCGUCGUCCUUCCCUUCUUCCUCCCUCAAAGACCAGCCUGACCCCUUGUGGCACUUCUACCUCACAGACUUCAUCAGAAAGACGCUAGCUGUAAUCCCAGAAUGCAGCAGACUGGACCUGGUUCAGAUUGGAGUGUGACUCAGACUGUGAGAACAUCUCUGAACACGAGGAAGCAGCGAAGAAGAGGACAAUGAUUGUAUAAUAAAGUGUUUAUCAGACUGUUAAUAAUACCUUUGUGCCUUUUUGGGUUUUUAACAAAUAAACAGAUUUUAUUUAUCCGUAUCACCGGAGUAGGACUAUGCGGUAUAAAAAGUGUGAGAGUAAAUAGUGUGUGUUUUGGCUGUUGUAAAAAAGGUCUUCGUUAUUUACCGAACACAUUAAUAAUAAAUCAUGUUUCUUUUUUUGA